AUGGACGACGCCGAAGCCAACAUGGAGAUCCUGUCUCUUAGUCAAGGGGAGUAUGUGGCACAUCAUGGGGAGCGAUAUCCAGGUGUUCUUCUCGUGAUAGACGGUACUUUGGAGGCGCGAAAUGAGGACACGAAAAAUACACAAUCAGCCAAGGUACCAAUGUCCAAGUUAAGCCCCGGUGACAUGAUCGGUCACAGCAGCUUAAUUCAAAACAACAAAUCUCAAUUCGACUUUAGAGCAGUAACAAAGUCAACAGUUGGCCUGUUGCCGAGAACCUUCCUUCGGCGGCUUACGGACCUGUGCCCUCAGAUGUUGGUGGUGCUGGCUGCCAAGAUGCAUGAUCUUCUACCCCCUUUGAUUUCACUGAUAGACUUUACGCUGGACUGGUCAACGAUCAAAGCUGGAGGAGAGAUCUACAAAAAGGGAGACGUUAUUGAUUGCAUCUCUCUUGUCGUCAAAGGACGUAUCCGCAUUAGUGAAGAGAGCACAGCCGCCGGAGAUAUGCACAUCAAGGAGUAUGGUCCAGGAAAUGCCUUCGGCGUGCUCGAGUUCCACACAAACCACCCAAGGCCAUCUGCAGCUCACGCGAUCCGAAAGUCCGAAAUAGCACAAUUACAAAAGUCAGCUUACCAGAAACUCAUCAACUACGCACCCGAUCUAGGAACAAAGCUCUGGGGCAGUAUCGCUCAACCACCCCGGACUGACCAGGCCCAACCGAAUACAAUGCCAUCAGACCCUAAUCGUCUUCGGAGUAUUGCUGUGUUCCCACUCUCUGUCGAAGUCCCCGCUGCAAAGUGCGCAACACUUCUAUCUUCUGCGUUAGUGACGCUCGGUAUUUACGACAAGGAAAGUGUAUCGUUUGUGGAGUCUCAUAGUGUCAUCAGUGCUAUAGGUGAUUCUGUGUUCACUGAUGCUGGGAAUAAGUAUUUGGAGGAUUACGUCGCUCAUGUCGAGCAAAAUUCUAAUUUAUCUAUACUUGUUGGAGAGAAUUCGGUGGACUCGACGUGGAACGAUAUUUGUAUUUCAACGGCUGAUCUGAUUAUCCUCAUGGCUAUGGAUGAUGCGGAUCCAAGAAUAACCAGAGUCGAGUUGAAGCUGGAGAGACAUGGAACACUUGCCCAGAAGGUUCUUGUCCUCGUUGAUGAUGGGGAAGACGAGUUUUGCCCUCAGGCUAUCACGAGACCAUACAUACAACGCCUGGCACGUCGCAUAACUGGACGGUCAAUCGCUGUCGUAUUCGGCGGAGGUGGCGCUCGCGGAUUCGCCCACUUGGGUACCCUGCAAGCUCUCGAGGAGGAAGGUAUACCGUUUGACAUAGUGGGUGGUACUUCUAUGGGUGCCUUUAUUGGUGCUCUAUACUCAAGCCACAUGUCUAUUGAUCGCACGGUAGAGGCUGCCAGGGCUUUUAGCAAGGUGUCGCGCUGGUACAGAUAUCUUAUGGAUUUCACGAUGCCUGUCUUGGCUUGGACAUCUGGCACCAUGUUUACGAGCCACGUAUCUUCGGCCAUGGACCAAGACCUAGAUUCCAGUGAUCUAAGAUUGGCGUUUUAUUGCAAUGCGACGAACAUGAGUCAAGGUGGUCGAGGUCAGACUAUGUAUCCCCAAGCCCGGUCUCUUUGGCAGAUGGUUCGGGCUUCUAUGAGCAUCCCACCCAUCUUUCCGCCGUUUGCCGUGGAGGGGGAGGGCGAUAUCCUUGUUGAUGGGUGCUUCUCGGCCAACGUUCCUGUCUUCCCAGCUUUGUCACUUGGUGCUGAGAUUGUUCUGGCAUUCGAUGUCUCCAACACAGCUGGUGCGCCGCCACCACAAACACUUGGCCAAUCAGUAUCAGGAUGGUGGAAUUUUGCUCAAAUGAUGUUCCCUUGCACGAGUUCACGAAAGCCACACAGAGAUUCACCGCAUGGGGCUGUGGGGUCUGAUGGAGACGUCUGGGGCUCGCUGCAACUGCUCGAACUUAUAACGUUUUCAACCAACACCAACGAGAUCAAGGCCAUUCAGGACACUCCGGAGUGUUUGUAUAUGCUGCAUGAUUUGGGUAAAACUGGGACAUUUGAUAUGGAAAAGUUUGAUGAUAUACGGGAGAUGGGGUAUGAGGGUGCGAAGAAGUGGUUGCGAGAUUUGAAGAGAUCUGGCAAACUGGAUCAUCUCGCACUUCCCAGGGGUAUCAAGACUGAGAGAGUUUAG